AUGGAAGGUUUAAACUUGAAUGAGCUGGACUGUAAAACCUAUGCAACCAAUGAAAAUCUUCCACCGAACGUCAUUAAGCAACUUGCGACGAAGUUGAAGAAUCUUGAUGAAACUCCUCCGGAGGGCAUUAAAGUAGGUGUUAAUGAUGAUGAUUUUUCAAUCAUAUAUGCUGACAUUGAAGGCCCAGCUGGAACUCCUUACAAGAAUGGUGUUUUCCGCAUGAAAUUGAUAUUGUCUCAUGACUUCCCGCAUUCCCCUCCCAAAGGUUACUUUCUGACUAAGAUUUUUCAUCCAAACAUUGCAACAAAUGGUGAGAUUUGUGUCAACACAUUGAAAAAGGAUUGGAAUCCAAGUCUUGGGUUACGACAUGUUCUGAUUGUAGUCAGGUGUCUACUGAUAGAACCAUUUCCAGAAUCAGCUCUGAAUGAGCAGGCUGGCAAGAUGUUGCUUGAAAAUUACGAGGAGUACGCCAGGCAUGCUAGACUGUACACUGGAAUUCAUGCUCUUAAGCAAAAACCAAAGUUUAAAUCAGGAGCUAUUUCAGAGUCGACCACUGCCUUGAAUGUCGACCAGUCAAAUACCUCAGUUCUCAGCAUUGAUGAGAAGAAAGCAAGUUCUGGAGCUGCAUUACCAUUGCCAUCACCAUUGGCUUCAACUACAACAUUCACCAAAGGGGGAAAUGGGCAGGAUCACAAGUGA